AAGCGCUGAUAGCUCAGUCAGCAAUCACGGGGUAGCUUAUGCAAGCGCAAAUAAAUAGCCCCUCUUUCAGUGACAAGGUCGAGUGUUUUGAAGUCCAAGAGGCUACACUAAAGCUUGAGUGCAACGGAUUACUUACUGUUGACGAAGAAUCAAGCUUACCAGAGAAGAUUUCUGCAAAGAAAAGCUCCCAAAAGUAUUGCAAAAGCCAAAUAGAUCACUGGGUCAUUUACAUAGGAAGUCUGAAGUUUCACUGAAGUAUACAAUAUCUGUGGAAAGCUGUGCUAUCUACCAUACCCUGAGUUAUUGCGUAAGGCAAAAAGGAUUCCACAAGUCACUUACUAACGAGUAUUGAAACCCUGAGACACUGUGCAAGAUCGACACUUGAUAAAAGUCGUGUCAAUUGUGAGAAGUAUAAAAUUUACACCUAAGGAAGAGAAAGAAAGUUGUUGUGGAGAGUUGAUUGAAAGUGAAGUCAAUUGUUGUUUUAAGUGCGUACGAAAUCUGAACAAUCUGCUAUGUUAUGAUAAUCAGUGUUGUGUGGAUACAAGAAACUUUUGAGAUAUCUAUGCUACUGUGUAUGAAUUAUAGUGAUAAUGAAACGAAGAGAGCACAUGUCAAGUGAGUCCCAAAGACGAAUAGUUCGACGAAAAUUCCAUCGAUCACUGUCACCGGUGGAUCUAGAAAGUCAACGCCUCAAACAAUUGAGAGAGGAGAAAGAAAUGUACAAAUACAGUCAGAGAAGCCAAAAUGACUAUCCUAUGGAACACCAGCGUCCAAAAAGUUCUUCUGAUAUGAAUACGGAUGGAAAAGGGACCAAGGCCAGUGGAUACAAUGAUCGCCAGCACGCUGAGUACUCAUCCCCUCACUAUCAUGAGAAGGAGAGUAGAAGCAGAGACGUUCAUAUUCCGUCAGGGCACAGGGAUUCAGGUCACAUGACCUCUCCGUCCAAUCAGCAGCUCUCUGGUGUACCUGGCUCAUCGGAGGCUUUUGAUUAUUCUCUACGAGUUGGAAAUAUUAACUACUCAUUGAACGACAAUCAAGUGAGGUCUAACCUAUUUAGGGAGUUUAAAAGAUUUGGAUACGUGAACAUCAAGGUGAUUGGCUACGGAAAAGAACGACAUGCUUACAUCAAUUUCAACAGGGCGGCUGACGCGAAAGCAGCCUGUGAAGGAAUGCAAACGUUUACUUUACAUGGACGUCAAUUGGAUGUAGGAUGGUCCCGUUUGACUUUGAACCGUUUUCCAGAUUUGUUAACUCAGAAAUUUCAUGAACCACGUGGAAGCAAAAAGAAACAUGAGGAAGAAGCAUUUGGAAAAUAUCCUGCGAAUGAUCGAGAACAGUAUCCAUCUUCUACCUCCUCAAAAACAGUCAGGGAUAUAUCAUAUCGGAACAACUCAAGCAGUUCGUCUCGAGGCCCACGUCCACCAGUCGAUAAACCAGUGACUGUAAUGGACCCUAAUGCAACUAGGACUCUAUUUGUUGGAAACCUGGAAAUGGACAUCACUGAGAGAGAAUUACGGGACAUUUUCAGUCCCUAUGGUCGGAUUGAAAGUGUGGAUGUCAAGACUACUCGUACCACUGCGUAUUCUUUUGUCAAGUUUGUCACAAUUAGUGAUGCUAUAAAUGCGAAAAACGAGCUUCACGGUCGUCAGUACGGAGAAUUGAGACUCAGUAUUGGAUUUGGGAAAGGAACACCAGCAGCUAAAGUGUGGAUUGGAAAUCUCACUUGUCACGCCGACGUGUCUGAAAUACGGAAGGAACUGGAUCGUUUUGGACUCAUUCGAAGAGUGGAUUAUGUGAACGAUGACAACCAUUGUUUUGUGCAUUUCGAUGGUCUAGAUGCGGCCGAGGCAGCUGUUGCCUCUCUGAGAAACUACCGAUUUAAGCGGACGAACAAACCACUUCGAAUUGACCUUAUGCAGCACCUACCUCAUCGGGACUUGACUACUCAUAGUGGAGCAAACUUUGAUAACCUACGAGUGGAAGUGAGCAACUAUGAUGCCGGACGAAGGAGUAGUAGAAGUGAUGAUGGCGGCAGUCGUUACAGAUCCCGUGCUGCUGAGUUUCACAAAGAGUCUGCAAUGCGUGACAACUACAAGCCGAGGGAACGAGGGGGUGGACGUAUUAUGAGCGAGGGGAGCACCAAUUCCCCUCAAUACACAACCGAGAAGUUUCGUCAUUCCACCUUCAAUCGUAAGAGGGAGCGCUCUCCACACAUGCACAACGACAAGGGACCCGACUACAACGGUAGUGGCGGUGGCGACUCACGUCCCAAAAGAGCUAAAAACGGAUUUGAUGCGUACGAGUAUAACAAGAUGUACAAGCGUGGUGAUAAACCACCUCCUCAGCAAAGAGGUCAUUCUAGACCGGACAAUACCGAGGGAGGGAGCCGCAGAGAAAUGGACACUCGUGACAUAAAAUCACCCAGAGAAGAAUCUAAUCACCACAAAAAUGACGAACAAGAUGAAACCAAGUCCGUUCACAGCGGAGGCUCUGAUGUACCCCCACCACCCCCACCCACUAUACCCAUAGAGACGUAUGACACAGCUCUUAAUCUGAGCUCAUCUGAAGUAACAGCUGAAGGUUCAAAGAUAAUAAAAGCUGAGUCAGCAGAAACACUGGGAGAUUUGGCAAAACUAUACCCAAUGGCCUGGCGAGGGAAUCUUGUUUUGAAGAACACUGGUUUUCCGACACGAAUGCAUCUGAUUGGUGGAGACCCUGCCGUCGUAGAAAUGUUAGUGAGGUGUCGCGAAGGAAAGGAAGACGCCAGUUCACUACGUAUCACUCAACGAUUGCGAUUGGAACCACCUCGUUUGGAUGAAGUCAACAAACGAAUGGCUAGCGCUGGUCCGAGUGGCCACUGCAUUCUUAUCGCACUCCCUGGCCCCACCCCGAGUCAAUCAUCGUCGCCCGAUCACUCUAGCAACGGACUGGACUCUAACAGCCAAUUCCCCAACAUGCAGUUACGACCCCUAAGAAGUCUAGUGAGCUAUCUCAAACAAAAAGAGGCGGCCGGAAUAGUUGCUCUUAAUGCCCCAGGCGAUCGAAAUAUUGGAGAUAUGAGCGAUUUAUCGGACAAAGACAAUAUUGGUGUUCUACAUGCGUUCCCCCCGUGUGAAUUUUCGCACAGUCAGCUUCUCAAGGUGGUACCCAACCUUGGGCCAGAGCCGGCCAAAGAGGACCAUAUUGUUGUUUUGCUCGUGAAAGGAACUGUUUGAAAGAGAGAGAGACUUUGUGUGACAAUCGGUGGAACACAUUGCUGACUUUUUGUAUGGAGUGUAUAUAUAUAAAAUAUUAAUUAUAGCUGACUUAUUGUUAUACCUUUUCUAUUAUAGUUAGCACACAAUAUAAUGAGAACAUGUAUCAAUUGUUUUUCUUUACAAUGUCAUGUAAUUCAAUUGUGUGUGUGUGUCACUAAUUGGUUCUAUUGUC